CAACCCAAUGCAAUGGAGAGUAACCAAUAGAUAUCGAAACCAAGUCCAAUCGCAUGAAGGGACAAACAAACAUGUCUUGCCUCCCCAAAUGCUCUGGCCUGCAUGAAGACAUUCCAAACUGUUCUCCUCUUCAUUUUUAAGCCUUUUUAUGUCAAAGAUCAACGAACGAACUAUGGACGAACGUAUUGCUGGUACCACACAUCGAACAAUAAAGGUCUUUUGGGCAACAACAAGAAAAAGUGCCUUUAAUGCUGUAUUUAGACGCCAAAAACAAAGCGACAAACAAAGCAGGUCACACAUUAGUCGAAGACACACAACUUAUUUUGCGACACAUUGUAGCUGCUCCGCGUUGCCGCCUCUCAAGGGAAAAUGUCAAUUGGCCAGAGUAUCAGAAUAGAUGCACCACCAUGCGAAUCGAUGAAUAUGAUUUUAGUAGCUCAAAGAACAUCAUCGGGAAAACAUUCUCAAAAGAAAAUAGACGGAACAAAAAACAAAAAAACCAACACCCAACCAAGAAAGCUUUCUUAGCAAAAAAUUUUGAAAUUUGAAAAUUAUUUAUAAAUAACGGAAUAAUGAAACGCUUUUCUUGUUGCCUAAGUCUCCGCACAGCCGGUUAUUGUAUAGCAGCGGUGGAUAUUAUUGCCUCAUUGACCACCUUGGGCCUAUGCAGUUACUAUUUGUAUACGGACUAUUUCAAUUUGACGAAUUGGGGUAUCUCAUCGCAUGACAAUGUCCAAAUAGUGGAUCCUUUAAGUAAUUUAUUGUCAUCUGUGGUCAAUUAUGUUUUGCUGCAUAAUUUCCCAGAUGCCUUUUAUGUUGUUAUGGCCAUCAUUUUGUGGAUAAAAUCAUUGAUUAACUUCAUAUUGGCUACACUUCUAGUUGAUGGUAUAAAAAAGAAACGUACCAUUUGCAUUGCCCCCUGGCUUAUAAAUACAGUAAUAUCGGUUGUAGUUGAGAUAACGACCUACAUACUUAUGGAAAUAAAGUUCAAUGAUAUCGAUGCGGCCACAGAUAAACGUAUAGUACGCAGCAUAAUGUUUGGCAUAUUCAUAAUGUUUAAUGUCAUAUUUACAUUUGCCGUUUAUUGGCUGUGUAAAUUUCUCAAAAUCCAGCAGCAGGAAAACCAAGUGCUACAAGAAAGUAUUGUGGAUGCCACCGGAAUGUUUCAACACGUCAAAGUUUGA